CCAGUCAGUAGUAGUUCGGCGCGUCUCGUGUAAGCACGGAACCGAACGGCAGAGUCGCGAAAGCGUCAAACGGCACUGGUGUCAGAGAAUACAGAGAGAGUGGUGUGCUAUUGCGGCCCGACUUGACAGCGCGCGUUUCACGCACCGGAUCGAGAUGAAUCGGUCGUGAAUUCCGGGGACCGUCCUGUUUGUAUUUUUCCGCAUUUUUCGGUGUUGGUCCCCCGCGUCAGGCAAAGGAGACACUCUUCUUUAUGUUUUCAUUCAAAUGCUGGGCUAUACUUCCUACAGGGACUGGUCGCCAGGUGGCGUCGCUACCCAGCAGCAGUUGUCUGUUGUGACCAACGUGUGGGGAGUAACAACGUCCACGCAGUCGGGCCCCCACGGGGGGUACACGGGAGGCCCGGCCCCUCAGCCCAACGGUUACGCGGCUGCGAACGGCCCCGCCGCUGGCAUCAAGGGCCAGCCGGGAGUUGGAUACAGCCAAAACACUUACCGGCCACCAGGUAUUGGUAAUUAUGGGGCCGGUAAUGGUAUGAACGGUGGCGAGGGGACGUACGGAAGCGGAAACGCAUUAUCGACGGCGGCGAUGGUAGCCGCGGCCACCGCAACAGCCACGGCAACGGCCAGCGUGGUCGCCUUGCAGGACAACGGAGCGCAAUUCGGAGGCCAACAGUACAACCAGGGUUACCAACAGAGGAUGAUGCCGAUGAACGGCAUGAGCGGAAUGAACGGCAUGAACCCGAUGAACAACAUGGGACCCAUCAACAAUAUGGGCGCCAUGCACGGCAUGGGCAACAUGGCCGGCAUGGGUCCCAAGAUGGGCAUGCCCGUCCAAGGUCCCGGAGGCAACACGAACGCUAUGUACCCGAGACGGAUGGCGCCGUAUCCGUCGCCCGCGAUGCACAUGGCGCAAAAGCGGGCGCAGCAAAACUACCCUAACGGGCCGUGCCCGACAAUCAACCCCAGUAUGAACCCCCAGAUGAAUCCUAACUUCACUCCUAACAAUCAGUAUCCUACGUAUGGGACUAGACAGCCCACUUUCAAUCAGUAUCCUACCCAGCAGAGUCUGGGCCCGACCGGGUCGUUCGGACCCGGACCCGGCACCAUGGGACCGGUGAGCAAUUCGAGGCAAUUGCGCGGGGCCACGCCCCCGUACACUAACCAAGGACAGUAUUUCCCCAAUGGUUCGAUGAAUCAGUUCCCUUCCAACAAUUCCGGUCAGUUUAACAUGAACACGUCCGCGCAAGCCCAGUACAACUCCAGUAGCCAGUUCCAGCAGGACGUCGCCAUGCGCAACAACAUGAACUAUCAGCACAGCCCGAUACCGGGCAACCCCACACCACCGCUCACGCCGGCUAGCAGUAUUCCACCCUAUAUCAGUCCGAAUCCGGACGUGAAGCCCAAUUUUAACGAUCUGAAACCCAUCCUCCCUCAAAAGGACGAGGAGUUGCGGCUCACUUUCCCAGUGCGGGACGGCAUCAUCUUACCCCCUUUCCGGCUGGAACACAACCUCGCCGUAAGCAAUCACGUGUUCCAGCUGAAACCGACCGUGCACCAAACGCUCAUGUGGCGGUCGGACCUGGAGCUGCAGCUCAAGUGUUUCCACCACGAAGACAGAGCGAUGAACACCAACUGGCCUACGAGCGUCCAGGUCUCAGUGAACGCCACGCCCCUCGUCAUAGACCGGGGCGAGCAUAAGACCUCCCACAAACCGCUCUACCUGAAGGACGUGUGCCAACCCGGCAGGAACACCAUUCAAAUCACCGUGGCCGCGUGUUGUUGCUCGCACUUGUUUGUGCUGCAACUGGUCCAUCGACCGAGCGUCAGAUCGGUACUGCAGGGUCUGCUGCGGAAGAGGCUUCUCACGGCGGACCACUGCAUAACGAAAAUCAAACGCAACUUCAGCAACACGGGAACGGGGCCCAACAUGGAUAGGGACCGGGAAGCGGUCGAACAGACCGCGCUCAAAGUGUCCCUAAAGUGUCCCAUCACGUUCAAGCGGAUUACAUUACCGGCCAGAGGGCACGAGUGCAAACACAUCCAGUGCUUCGACCUGGAGUCGUACCUGCAGCUUCAUUGCGAACGAGGCUCGUGGAGGUGUCCCGUUUGCAACAAACCGGCGCAGCUGGAAGGCCUAGAGGUCGACCAAUACAUGUGGGGAAUCCUCAACAAUUUGGCCACGUCGGACGUGGAGGAGGUGACCAUCGACAGUUCGGCCAACUGGAAGGCAACCAAGGCCGGCAUCAAGCUGGAAGACGAAGGAAACGACUCGUGCGGCGCGAAACGGAUGAACAAAGCUAUGUCGCCCGGAAGCAUGACCCUACCGACGAUGAACAACUGGGACAUGUCCCAGGCGAUGUCUCCUUACCUUCCGCCCGAUAUGAACAGCAUCGCCAGCGGGUCGAUGAUCAACGGACCUUCCUAUGGGGGUGCAGGCCGAACCGGUGCCCUGGACUCCGGCCCGAUAGGUUCCUAUGCCGGCAGCAACGAGUAUCUGGGUGGGAACGGUCCCUUGAGCCACCUGAGCGAGUCGGUCAACUCGCUGGACCCGCUCAACGCAAUGGAGAAGAGCCUAAACGAGCAGAUGCCUCACACACCCCACACGCCGCACACUCCUCAUACGCCACACACGCCCGGGUCGGCGCACACCCCAGGCGGCGGUACCGGACCGCCCAGCGUGCCGCCUCCGAACACUUCCGACAACCACAACAACAGCGCCAGCUCGACGGGCAGCAACGCCAACGGCGCCGGAGGCGGAGGCGCCACCAACAACGACAAUUCCGUACCGGAUAUACCAUCGGAUCUCAAUUUCGAUCCCGCGGCAGUGAUCGAUGGAGAGGGGACCGGGCAAGAGGCACUCAACCUGUUGCCGGACAGUGUCGACCCGAUGGAACUGCUGUCGUACCUGGAACCGCCCGACCUAAACACGCCGCCAUCUAGCGGCAGCAGUUCGGGUCACGCGAACGCGUCCACCAACGACGACCUGCUGGCCCUGUUCGAAUAGAGUUCCUCGCGCGCUCACUGUAUUGCCGAAACCGUACGUGAGUGAAACCCCCGUGUGAUAAUAUAUAAAACAAAAAUGUUGAGAGAGCGAGAGCGAAACGCCGUGCACUGGAGUUAUACAGACUAAAUCUCGUGUCGUUGAUGAGAAGAAACGUCUAAAUCAAACUAAUUAAUUUUAACGCUGUACAAUUUUGUAAAUAAGACGCAGGAAAAAUUAAGGUUUAUGUGCGGCGGCGGACUUUGGGGAGGGAAAAUGGAGGCCAGUGUAGAGAAAUUAGUAUUAUUAUCGCGCGGACGCGUUCAGGGGUUGUUCCCGUGCAGUACGAACAUUCCGGGUGACCGUAUAUAGAUGUAUAUAUACCGGGCGAGAACGAUUCACGGGACCGCGCGCGGCAAAUCUAUUAAGUAGCGGAAUUUUUCGAACCAAAUUUUUUUUUCGCAUGUUAUAUCGAUGUGCAUAGGCUUUUUAAGUAUUAAACGACAACGUAUAAAUUCUGUGAACCUCGGGUACGCGACAGACAAAGACACUUGCUUACGGCCGAAAAUCAAACAUUUUUUUAUACAUAUAACAUAUGUAUACAAUAGUCGAUUACAUUACGGUAUUUUCAUUAAGCGAUUAAAAUUGUACGACUCCUCAGCUGUUGCGUUACAUAGCGGGUUCCCAAAGGGUUAGGGUGCAAGCAAAACUGAAUGCAAGUAAACAAUCGGGAGUCUCCCUUUUCCGGCCCACCGUGUAGCGAACAGUCGACGAAAUUAAAAUGCUGCGUCUGCGUGUAUUCGUUCAACUUAAGCCUAAAAAAAAUUAUUAAAAAAAAACCGACGGAAUUUCGUUUCGAUUUAGGAACAUUCAAGACUGUGAUAAUAAUACUUAUAAGUACACCCCUAACAUAUAAUUAUAUUACCUAAUAACUAAUUAUCACCCCAGUAUAUACAAUACCUAUAGUUAAUUGUGUAGAGACAAAUUAGUAAGGUCUUUAGGGUUAAAAACAACAAAUUUCGUUUAUGGCCUCUUGUGUAACUUUUUUCCCCGUUUUUUUUUUCGAGAAAAAAAAUUCAAUGUGAUAGAAAAAUAUAUUUUGGUAAAAAUUAUGUUCGCAGUUUUAUUUUAUUUGUCCUUAUAUGUGUCUGUGUCUGUUUAUGUUUUGUUCUUAGCACGCGCGGUAGCUCGAGCUACGGGGUUCGAGCUGCGGCGUCGUCCUUUAUAAAGAGUUCCUAAGAAAAUCAGCACUAUUAUUUAAAAAAAAAAAACUAACCAAAAAAAAGGUUCACAUUAUUUAUAGAUGAUUAAGGAAUGCCAACAGUUAACUUAUUCUAAAAUUUAGCUGAGUUUUAGAUGUCAAUAUUAAAAACUGUAUAUGUACGUGACGAAAGAAUUAUAUUUAAAAAAUAUUUAUAGAAAAUUUACAUUAUCGACACCAGUAAUAUAACGAUUUAAAGAGUAUCCAAACACUAACUCGCUUCCAAAAUUAUAUAAUGUAAAAGAAAGUGUAAAUACAAAUUGUUUCCUUUAUAAUUCAGUAAGUAAAAUUUUGCCAAUAAUUGCUAAUUUUAUUCGUUUUGUUUUUAACUGUUUUUGUUUCUUAAACGAUCUGCAAAUUGAGCAAAUUCGGAAAAGUCUUUGUGAGUGCGAGAGUGCAGAUCGAAAACAAGAGGACCAAUUAUAUUUUUUGCACAUUGUAUAAUAUCGUUUAAAUUAUUUUGAAGACCAAAGUUACAUAUCAUUUGUGUUUGUUUCGGACCAAAAAAAAAACUCUCUUUAGAUAAUGCCUCCUUUACGGUUCAAAUAUCAUUUUAUUAACCAGCGAUCCCAACAGCGUCGUCAAUAUCAGCUGAUUAUUGGCAAAUUUCUGUUCUCGUUUUGUUUUUUAAUUAAAUGAAGGACUUUUAUAUAGAAAUUAUGACGUAGCAAAAUACUGUAUUAUUUUUUGCAAAAUAAUGUAAAUAUAUUACUGUAAAUUUUAUUUAAGAGAAAUGAUAAAGUCGCAUAUUGAAAUGGUUGUUUUAUUGUC